CUCACGAUUUGUGUAACGUUUCAAAUUAAUAGCCCCGUUAGCUCUCUCGUUAGGUCAAGCUAGCUAGCUUUAGCGCACUGCACAAUCUUCGGCAAACGUUGGCUCGUAGACUUUUCAUCGCUGAUAACGGCUCGUCUGAAACUCGACCAUUAAGCAAUACACAUGACGAAGACUUUGAGUGGGAGCCUCCGACAGAGGCAGAGAUGAAGGUUAUCCAAGCUCGAAGAGAUCGACAGGACAAGAUCAGCAAACUAAUGGGAGACUACCUGCUUAAAGGAUACAAGAUGCUGGGCGAGUGCUGUGAGCUGUGUGGAACCAUUCUUCUCCAGGAUAAGCAGAAGAAGAACUACUGUGUAUCCUGUCAGGAACUUGACUCUGAUAUCGACAAGGACAACCCUGCUCUCAAUGCUCAGGCAGCAUUGUCCCAGGUGAGAGAGAGACAACUUGCAGCCCAGCCACCAGCACCAACCCCGGGCCCUGAACUGAUCGCAGGGCCUAGCAGCAGUCAGGGGAGCGGGUCAGUUUCUCAGCCCCGUCCCGAGCAUUGCGAGGGAGCCGCUGCUGGGAUUAGAGGUGCACUGCCUCCACCUGCCACUGUUGCUCCAGCAGGUCCUGCCUCAACUACAGUCUUGGCUCCUACCUUCCCCCCGACUCUCCCCUCUAGCACCCCACGCAGUCCAGACCAUCCUGUGUUAGCGGAGGCUGAGGAAGCUGUUCUCGCCAAACUUCGCUGGGCCACCUCACAACUACAGACUUCAGCCUCCCUGGAGAUGAGUAUCCAGCUAUGCAGCCUCAUCAGCACCUGUGCCAGAUCACUGCAGAGCCUUAGAGAGCUCAAACAAUAACAGUCCUGGACUGACUGGGCUCAAAGACUUAUGGGGAUGCUGGUCUUGUCUGCCUCUGGUUUGGAUAUAUGACUGUGUUCAGCUGCUCUGCGACUGCUCUCUUUGACUGCCCCCUCAAACAGUUGAAUGCAAAUUCAGGCAAAAACCCAUAUGGGGAAGGAUUCAGAUGUUAAAAGUUGAUAUGUUACAUUUGCUUUAAUCUAACUCUCCAGUAUAUUUGUCAUGAAUAUCACUUUUUAGGCAUGCAGUAGUUAGAGGAACUUCUGGACAUUCAGCUGUGUUUUGCCCUUCCCGUUAGUGAUGGUGGAAACUAGGAAUCUGUCUGUGGGUAUUUAUUAAGUAAAGAAAGAUCAACUUUUCACCAUGUUUUCCAGUGGGUGAAGAAAACGGGUUAUGCCAUACAAUUUUCAUGUAUAAUUGAUUUUCUGUAUGGCAAGAGAUAAACCUACUGUUCUCCUACUGUUCCAGUUGAAGAAGAUAAUUAGACGUUGUUAACCUUUAACAGUUACGUAGCCAUGCUUCUACAGUGAUGUCACUUGCAAGCAGAGAUGCAGUCUUAAAUGAACUGCCAGCUCCCACUCAUGUUAGUUAUCUCCCAUUCAGAAUCUGGCUAGUGGCGCUUCUGUAUUAGCUAGUCUGAAGAUUGCUGGUUACAAAGGGGUAGGUUUUAAAAAUGUCCUCCCUGCUUGCAACAAACUAAAUAAACGGCAAUGACUGGAAAAACUCAUCUCAGUAAAGUGCUUCUCACUGUUAUAUAUCACUAUUAACAGCCCCAUCACUAUUUGCUACUGCUCUGAAUCAGUAUAUUAGUAUAAGUAUUGUUAUAAUUCCCCUGCCCAGGUCUGUUUUAACAGCCCAAAAUAUUUCCUUGUUCUGACGGUGUGCUUUGAGAUCAAUUAUGGAUUGUGCAUCUAGGACCUGACAUGAUGGAAGAUGUUGACUGCUUCAUGUCUGUGCUUGAGUGCAUCUCGCCCCAAUGUUUUUUAGCCUCAAGACGUGUUUUAGUGUUUUUCAUCACAUUAUUUUUGUUGGUUAACAAUGGGCACGGUGACAGCAAGACAACUGGUGAAAAGUCUUUUCUGUAAGUUCUCUUGUAGAGUUGGGGAUUUUCUGUUACGUCUUUCGAAUCAGCCUUGCCUCCAUGCAUUUGUAUGCCCACAUCUCUGCAAUUAGCUGUUAACUGCUACGGUAGAUUGUUCUUCUGCUAGAUCCUUCUUAUCAAACGUUUUUGUUGGCUUCAGCGGUGCCUAUGGGGACGCAAAUAUUGAUCAUAUUUUUUUGGAAGUUCGUUUUUCUGGUCUGUCAAUUCUGGGUAUAAAUGAUUAAGAAAAUGAGUAAUUGAUAAGCGUUUGCUUCAGCAAUGGACAGAUAGGGAAGGGCGCAGUCACAGACUCGGGUGCAUGGCUUGUGUUUUUUAUGCCUACAGGACUUGAUGAAUGAGUGGCACACCAGAGUCCUCAUGACUGAUUAAGAGAAUCUAUUGAACAAAUCAAUGUUUGGCUUGCAAGCUCUACAUCAAUACUCUGCUUAUUUGAAUAACCAGUUUCACUUGUGUUCCCGAAUAAAGCAUCGCCUGUUGAACUGU